AUGUUUUCCGAAACCAUCAAACCACCGCAAACAAUACUCACUUUCGGUCUCACUCUCGAGCUCAUAACUCAUCUUCCCAGCUCCCAAGAUUCUAUUACCACUAUCGCCUCCCAUCUUCGCACCAAUCUUUCAGUUCCCUUCUUUUCCCCAGCCUCAGGCCCCUACACCGCCCCCACGACCCUCGUCACCGCUGCAGGCCCACAACUCAUCCCCAGCUCCCCCACGAUCCCCCAUCCCGUCGUUGACUGGAUCGGGGACCACCCAUCUCCACGCCAUUACCUUGUAACCAUCCGUCACAGCCUCCAUCGUGGUAUCACAGACGCCAUGGCUCAUCACUCGUGUGGUAUCGUAGUCGAAACGCCCAUCUUACGCGCCUUCAGCGCCAUCGAUUUUGCCGUCACUGGUAUCUCCGCUGCUCUUGGAGCUCUUGGGAAGGACAUGGUUGAAUUUACGCCUUAUUGCGGACUCUGUGUCCACAUGGGUCGCCGUGGGGGGUUCAGUCUCGAUACCAUAAAGGGACUGGCGAAGGCAGUCGUAGUGUUUGAACGUGACAUAGAGAUGUACUGGCACCCAAAACAUAGAUACAUCUAUGGGGAAGGUGGCGGCCGGUCUAAUCGUGGGGAUCGUAGCGCAGUGAAGUUAGUCGGGUUGAUCGAAGACCUGAAGAGCGUUGGGGGCAUCAGCAAGUUGCUUUGUGAGCAAGGCGUGGGGGAGGAUUACAAGUAUAACUUCCAGAGCCUAGUGGCUGUGGGGUGUAUUGAGUUCCGCCAGGCGCAGGGGACGUUGGAUGUCGAAUGGAUACAGUCGUGGGUAAGGUUUUUGGCGCUGUUUGCAAAGUCAGCAGAGAAUGCGCCAAAGGAUAACUGGGAAGAGUGGGCUAGGGGUGAGGGAGGUGGACUGGCGGAGUUCUUGAAGUUUGGGACUGAUGAUAACAGUGACGGUGGCGGUGAGUAA